UACUAAGACGAUGCCUUUGUCUGCAAAAUUCAAUAUACCUACUGUCGUGGAAGCUCCACGCAUCCUCUUCAGGUUCCUAUCAGAAAUCUCGACUAUCAUUGACUGAUAGCCCACCUAUAUCAUCCCGCACUCACAAGAAUCAUGGCCACCACUUUAACACCGGAUGCGAGUUGGAACCAUAUUUGUCCGUGUGCCGAAGUACUGGGUCCAGAAUCUCAAGAAGGCGGUCGCUGGAAUACUCCGGAUUUCCUGGCAACCGCAACUGCUUUGUACGCCGAACAGCAGCAAAGGUGGCUGGCAACUGAAACCCGCCGCGAUCUGAUCGCCAUACUCAACUUCAAGGCACCACCAGGAGGGUUUUCCAUCCGGAACGCUGUGUUGAUGGCGAUUGGUGAGAUAUUCCACGACGAUCCAAAGACAUUCAAGAAAUUGCCUCAUCAGCUCUUCCAGCUGGCAGUAUUCCAGGACAUUGUCGCCCAUCUUCAGUCUCGGCUCCCAGAAGGACAAGAAAUCGUCAUCUCUGUCCAGGAUCCCGCUCUGACGGAGUAUUCCAAGAUGUUUCUGACCUCGCUCGGCUUUCUUAUCCUGGACGCAGAGCAGUUUGAGGGCGAAUCCGCUAUCCAAUUCGAUACGUUCUCCUUCGCUCCAUUCUAUAAUUGGCAAUUCACGUUCCUUGGACGCUGUCGUCUCCGCCAGCCGGCACUGCACAUCGGCGCCGAGCAAAGCAGCAAGAUCGCGAGGGACGCCUUUUGCUUCAAGCAGCAGUACUCGGGCGUGCAGUGGGACGAGUGUUCCCAUGACGCUCGAGCAUGCUGGACAGUAUGGGCGUACCUGAAGACUUUCUGGCAGACCCACGAGCACGUUCGUAUCUGCGACAGUGAACGCAAGGUGAACGAAGCCUGGGGUAUCCAUGAUUUGUUCCUUUCCGUGGAGCGCCCAGGAGCCAGCUGUGCCAAGGUCCACGCUGAGCAGGUCCGUCUGAGCGAGGAGCGGAAAGCGAGUGCCUUGUAGUCUUGGUGAGAGGGGUCGACUGGCACUUGUGCUGGCCAAUCCUCAGCUGCCCGGAAGAACAUCAAGUAGUCUUUGCCAAAUUCAGAAACUAUGCCAGAGCCUGGCCGAAAUCUUUUUGAUCCUUGAUGAGCAGAUGAGAGCUUUGCCACUUGACUGUCUGUAACAGUGAAACCAUCAUCUAUGAACCUGAACCGAUGUCCACGGGCGACAGCGGUCUGCCGGAGCUCUCCUGUAAUAUAGGCAUCUCGCAGAGCGGAGGACUGGUACAUUUGCGGUCCUGAAAGCGUCCGAUUUCGGUUCAAGGAAGAGCAGGAGAUGAUCGUCCUGAGUGGCGGCCGGGUUCCCUUUCCGCCGGCGAGAGCCCCUUAAGCUGAAGAACACAACGGCGAGCACGGUCAAAAUCGCACCAGCGCCAACGCCGACACCAAGUCCGAUCAUAAGAUGCACCUCAGGUUCGCUGCCUUCGGCGUUGGCAUCGUCUGGCGGCUGUGUCCACAUGGCGCUGGGCGUCCCGGCGUUGGCCUCUGAUGUAGAGACCGCCGUAGCAGUAUUGACUACAGAGGUCUCUGCAGGAUGUCCCGUGCUCGUAGCUUCCUCAGACGUAGAUGUGGUCUCCAUCAAGUUGACGUCAUGGGACGACAUCGACCUCUCGAUCCCCGGAUAGAUCCGGAAAAAGUCAAUUGGCGAACAUGUCAGGUUCGAGCCGUAGAGCUGA